UUUCUAAGAAUUAUUGUUGCUUUAAUUCCGUAUGCAACUAGAAUUCUUGGCGAAGUUCGUGUUAGUUUUGACAGAUUAAAGCGACUUCUUGUGCAAGAGGAAUUUGCGCCACACAGUGACAAAUGUGUGAACAAAGAUAACGCAGUAGAAUUGGACAAUGCGUUCUUCAUGUGGGAAGAUGCAAGUAUUUCCGAAAUGGGAGCAAAAGCAAAAGCUGCAAUGGAGGCAAAAAAUAAAGCAAAAGAUCGAAAAGCAUCACCAGGAUCAUUCCACAUCGAGAAAAUGAAUUUUACAGUUCAAAAGGGAAAACUGAUUGGUAUAUGUGGCCCUGUUGGAUCAGGGAAGUCAUCAUUAAUGGCAGCUAUAUUGGCAAGGAUGCCCUUUAUUUCUGGACAUGCGGCUGUGAAUGGUAGUAUUGCAUACGCUGCCCAACAAGCUUGGAUAUUUAACGACACUGUACGAGAGAAUAUUUUAUUCGGAAAAUCUUAUGAUCCAGAAAGGUAUCGAAAUGUUAUAUAUGCCUGUGGACUUGAGCCUGACUUCGCUAUUCUUGAUGAUGGAGAUGAAACAGAGAUAGGUGACAGAGGAACAAAUCUAAGUGGAGGACAAAAGCAGCGUGUCAGCUUGGCUAGAGCAGUUUAUAGUGACAGUGAUAUAUACCUCCUUGACGACCCUUUAUCAGCUGUUGACGUCCAUGUUGGAAGGCAUCUUUUCCAUACUUGUAUCAAAAAGAAGCUUGCUGGGAAAACAGUCAUCCUAGCAACUCACCAACUACAGUAUCUAAAACAUUGUGAUGAAAUAGUAGCAUUCGAAGAUGGUGGCAUUGUGGAAAGGGGAUAUCAUGAUGAAUUGCUGUUACAAAAUGGAUACUACAAAGAGAUGAUGGAUAAAUUUCACUACCAUACAAAUACUUCGAUGGAAAAGCAAUUACCAAUACCAUCAAAGUCUAACAAAGAGGAUACCAGUAAUUCUAAAAUAGCUAAAAAUGGUGUCCAGUCGGAAAAGAAAGAUCUUCCGAAAAAUAGCUCCGCUAACAGUGUGACAACAAACAGCUCUGCAAACAAUGUAACGCAGCAAAAAGAAAAAGGUAAAUUAACAGAACGUGAAGAAAUGGUGGUUGGUAAAGUAAGAUUUGGUACAUACAAAUCCUACAUCAAUGCUGCAGGUGGUUUUAUGGUCUGCUUCUUGGUGAUGCUGUCGUAUACUCUUACCAUGGGUUCUGUUGUAUUCAGUGAUUGGUGGCUUGGAAUUUGGAUUAACACAUUAAAUACGGCAAAGCCAAAUAAUGAAACAAAUAGCUAUAGUUUAGCUGAUUCAACGCCAUCAAACUUGAGCGCUGCUAAUCUUUAUUAUACGACGGCUUCUAGCAACAACACAAUGCAUCCAAUGCCAUCUCUAGAGAACAGUUCUGGCUUCGACUUUUAUUUAUUGGUAUAUGUUUCAUCAUUAGGAGGAAUAGUACUUCUCACGAUACUCAGAGGAUUCGCAGGAGCAACGACUACAAUCCGUGCAUCAGUUCGGCUACAUAAUAUUGUACUGAAGAAGGUAAUGAAGGCUCCAAUGAAAUUCUUUGAUUCCAAUCCUUCUGGACGGAUACUCAACAGAUUUUCAAAAGACAUGGACGAAGCUGAUGUCUUUCUACCACAGCUCAUCGACUCAUUAAUGCAGUUAUUAAACACAAUUGCAUUAUCACUGUUGACCACCGCUAUAGUGUUACCCUGGAUUCUUAUUGCGAUGGUUCCAGUUGCAAUACUGUUUGCAAUUUUAAAGAAUAUCUCCAAUACAUCAGUUAGGCAGUUAAAGAGGGUUGAAAACGUAACGAGAUCACCAUUGUUGGCACACGUAAACACAACUGCUCAAGGAUUAUUUACAAUAGUUUCAUUUAAUCAACAGAAACAAUUUAUAGAAAAUUCAACAAAGCUGAUAGAUGUGACCAGCACAGCGACAUUUUUGUUUGAGAGUAGCAUGAGAUGGGUUGGAGUGAGACUGGAUUUGUCGUCGUCAAUGAUUACAGUCGCUACUGCCUUAGCAUUAGUUUUAACUAAAGGUUCAGUUGCUCCUGCUCUUGCAGGUCUAUCUCUGACAAUGUGCAUUAAGGUCGUUGGUAUAAUGCAGUUUAUGGUACGAGUUAUGAAUGAAGUUGAAGCUCGGUUUACGUCCAUUGAACGGUUGCAUCAUUAUGAAAAGAACCUUGAAAUUGAACCUCAGACAUUUAAUACAACUCCAAGUGACAAUUGGCCAAACGAAGGAAGAAUAAUAUUCUCCAAAGUUGAAAUGAAAUACCGUGACAACAUGAAGCCAGUGCUGAGAAACAUAUCAUUUGAUUUGCACCCUCAAAUGAAAAUUGGCAUUGUGGGUAGAACUGGAGCAGGAAAAUCUUCACUUGCUGCUGCGUUAUUUAGACUUGUUCGAUUGUCGGAAGGUCAUAUAUACAUUGAUGGCGUAGACGUUUCUCAGAUAGCUUUAAAAAUUUUGAGGUCAAGAUUGUCAACAAUUCCACAAGAUCCUGUGCUUUUUGCAGGAACAUUGAGAUACAACCUUGACCCGUUCGGAAAACAUCCAGAUUCAGAACUUUGGAGUUCACUAGAGAAUGUGCACCUGAAGGAAAAGGUGCAGCAAUUCGAUCAAGACCUCGACUAUCAAAUAGAAGAAAAUGGUGAAAAUUUCUCAGUUGGAGAACGACAGCUAAUAUGCCUAGCAAGAGCAAUAUUAAGAAAGAACAAGAUUUUACUUUUGGAUGAAGCAACAGCUUCUAUUGACACACAAACGGAUUCUCUUAUCCAAAAAACUAUUAAAGAAGGAUUUAGUGAUUGUACAGUAGUGACCAUAGCUCACAGACUAAAUACAGUUCUACACUCUGACCUCAUCAUGAUUAUGGAUAAUGGAGAAGUAAUAGAAUCUGGUGCACCACAAGAUCUACUGACGGAUCCACAUUCAUUCUUCAAUACUAUGAUAGCUGCACAAACAGUUAAAACUCCUUCACCAUAGUGAUAUCAAGAUUUUAAAGACAAUUAUGCAAUACCACAUACGGACAUCACACAUUUCUAUGAUUAUGUUGGAAUAUACCAUGUAUAUGUUUUCAUAAUAUUUUUGCCUUUUAUAUUAUUUAAUAGCGCAAACAAGCAUUUUCAUUUUAAAACAAAAAGUAAUUUUAUAUAUUCUGGUACUACUAACGUUUCUCUACGACUUAUCAAUUUAGAUUGUCCCUCUCGUAUCUUCCGUCUCUCUCAACAACUCUUGCAACAACUCCUGCGAUAACUGUUUGAGGGGUCCGUAGGUUACCUAUUGCAAGGUAAAAUUUCUACCCGUAUCCAGCAUAGCCCCAUUUUCCAGUGGCAGUGUAAAUUUGCGCUCAUCAACCCGGUCGAACCUCUUUGGAGAACAUGUAUUAUUUAUUGUUAAUUUCUCGUCCCGAAUAUUCAAGUAGAAUUGACCGUUGGACGUUAUGCAAUCAACUAUCAAUAAAUCGUAUUGCUUUAACAACCAUAAAUUUUAAACAAUCAAAUCUGAAUAAACGUAGCUGCGACAAUAACAUAUAAGUACAUUUGUAAAAUUGUUUAUACCAAUUGAAAGCAAUUCAUGUGGUCUUCAACAGUAAUAUAAUUCAAUACUGUCCUCACUGACAUAAAGUAAGAAUACCACACGAGAAUCAUUCGAGAGGCAUAAAAAACUUAAGGGCCUUUUCAAUCAUGCUAACCAAAUAAUUCUAAAAUACAUAUAAGAUCAAAUUUGUUGUCAAGGGCAUACACAGAAUUGUAACCUGAAAGUGUACAAAUAUUUUUGAAAAAUGUAUCCUUUUAAUCAUGCCAGUUCAUACAGUUCCGACUCAAUGGUAAGCUGGGGUUUUGACGGAUGCUAUCCUCAGGUACCCAUUUGCAAUCCAAAGCAGCCAUUUAGACCCAGUAGUUUUUUAAAAACGCAAAUGGGGUACCAAUUGAGAUAUAGAUUAAUUUAGGUUAAUUUUAGCAACAUAUUGUUACAUGCUACAUUGAAAAGAAGUUUAAAAAAUACAUUUGAAAUUAAAUUCUUAAUGCUAGUAUUUUGAAGACACAAUUCUACAGGCAUCAAAUACAUUAAGAAUUAAUACGCUUAUCGAUGAUGUUUGAAUAGAUGUCGUUAUCGAUUUUACAGUACUUUUGCCCCCUGAUAUCAAAAUAAUAAAUUGGUUCUAUUGUCAAGUUAAUAUCAAAACCUUCCCUUUUAAGCGUAGUCUUCAUUUGUUUGAAAGUUGAGGUAAUAUCUAGAAAACGAGUAAAUCUUAAGAAUCUUGGAAUAGCAUAUCCUGCUAGUUGCGUUCUACAUUGUUCCUCUAUUUUAGAAAGCAUUUCGUCAGUCGGUUCUACAUUGUCAGAAUCAACCAAAUGUAUUGUUGCCAUCCCAGCUCUUCCUUCACAACCUGAAUUAUCAAACAAACACAAUAUGAGCUGUUGUGAGAUAAUUAUUAUUUGUAAUAACAAACUUAAGGUUCUAAAUUCAAAUUAUCAAAAAGAACUGUUUACAAUCUAUAAUGCUCGUUACUAACUUCAUUCAAAUGGGUGUGGUCCUUUCACAAAACUUCUACAACAGGUACGACUGAAAUCGACACUUCAUAAGUAUUACUGUCAUCAUCACGAAAUAGUAGACUGAUACGUGGUGUCUGUGUCUCAACUUACUAGCGCCAUGUUUUCGCCGAUUUAGAUCUUUAGAAUAGUUUUCUGACUGUCAAUUUAUUGAUGUUGUGCUAUUCCCUAUUGCGACAUUUGAAUGCGGAUUUGCAUGUCGAGUAAUACAUGCAUAUAAGGAGACGCUUACGUCUGGCUUACAAAAUUAUAAGUUUUGGUGUCUUUGAUGAAUUUUUUUACCAUGUCGACAUACUUGGUAUCGCUUCUUUUAAAGUUCAUACGAUUUCCUCAUUUAAUUUGAUUAUUUUUUUACCUUGAGCUGCCUGUCAUGAAUUGAUUUAUGAGAUUUGAACAUCGGUAAACAACUGUUGCGUCUUCUUUACCUACUAUCUUUACAAGUAAGCUGUCAUAGCAAAAAGAAUGUACAUUAUUUCAACCAUAUCAACUGUAACAGUAGAUGUGAAUAGGACAAAACAUUAAAUAUAAACACCGAACAUCAGCCUUCUGUUUUUGGAGAGCUAAAGAAAAGUUAGAUUUAAGUAAGAUUGUAUGGCAGUGAUUUAAC